AUGAACACAGAUAGCGGUGGGUGUGCUCGCAAACGUGCUGCAAUGUCUGUCACAUUAACAGCUGUGAAGAGAGUUCAGAGUUCUCCAAACCUAUUGGCCUCAGGGUCUGAUUCUCAGUCUCCAGAUUCAGCUUGGAGAUCUUACAAUGAUGGAAGUAGAGAGGCAUUGAAUGGAGAUGCUAGCAGUUCAUCUCUCACAGCAAAAGGUUUUAGGAGUGUACGGCCAAAUCUACAGGAUAAAAAAUCACCAACUCAGGCUCAGAUCACAGUGAAUGGGAACUCUGGCACUGCUGCCAGCCCAGUGAGUUACUUUCAAAGGCCUUUUUCCCCUUCUUCAGCUUACCCUCCACCAGCUUCACUCAAUUCCAACAUUGUUAUCAUGCAGCAUGGCAGGAUGAUGGAGUCCACAGAGUCAUACUCACAGCAUGUUGAGACUGUUGGCAGUACCACCACCAGCAGUACAAUACCAAUCUGUAGAUCCUCAGAAGAAGAAAAAAAAAUUACAGUCAUUAAAGCUCCACAUUAUGCAGGGAUUGGCCCAGUGGAUGAAUCUGGAAUCCCUACAGCAAUUAGAACGACAGUUGACAGGCCAAAGGAUUGGUACAAGACAAUGUUCAAGCAAAUCCAUAUGGUUCAUAAGCCUGAUGACGACACAGACAUGUAUAAUACUCCAUAUGCAUACAGUACUGGUUCCUACAGUCCAUCCUUCUCUGCUCAGGCACACCCAGCUGCAAAGACACAGACAUACAGACCAUUGUCGAAAAGCGCUUCUGACAGUAGCUCCGAUGCCUUUAAGAUCUCAUCCCCUUUACCACCUCCACAUGUGCCACCUCCAGUACCACCACAUCGUCUGAGGGAAAGGUCUACAUCAGAAAAAAAUGACUGGGAUCCCCCAGACAGAAAGGUAGAUACCCGCAAGUUCCGCUCCGAACCGAGAAGUAUUUUUGAAUAUGAGCCAGGAAAAUCAUCAAUCCUUGAACAUGAAAGACCGACUUCCUUAUAUCAUCACUAUUCAACAGACAGAGGCCUGGACAGGCCCUCUAGUUCUGCAAGUACUGCGAGUGACUACAGAAAACGAAGGAAGUCAGAACCUACUGUAAGCCAUCAGAGGGUGCACAGUGAUCAGAACGCAAACAGGCCUAGCCCAGGCCGUACAGAUAUGCAAGGCCCAUAUACCACCCUUCGAAAGCCUUUAACUAGCUCGUCUCCUUCUUCUCCAUCACGAGCGAAAGGUGGGGAUAUUAGCAAAGUGUAUCCAUCCCUUUCAAGUUACUCAGUGCACAACCACAACACCUCAAAUGAAUUAGAUUACUGUAGCACUUACAGACAACAUUUAGCUGUUCCAAAUGAUUCAAGAAGGGCAGUCAGCUACAAGAAUGGCUGGCAAAUGACUCGUCAAAAUGCAGAAGUCUGGAGCAGCACAGAAGAAGCUACUUCUCCAAAGAGAAAAUCUCGUAGCUACGAUGAUCUGCUAACAGAUGAUCACGAUAGUUUUCCCGAUGCACAGGCCAAGUCUGAAAGCAUGGGCUCUCUGUUAUGUGAGGACUCCUCCAAAGAAGUUUGCUCAAUGAACUGGGCCUCCCCGUACGUUGAGGGCCGUGGUGGUAGUAGGCCAAGGGUUCGUCACAGAUCCGCACAUGAUGCCCCAGGCUUCCUAAAAAUGUACAAAAAGAUGCACCGCAUCAAUCGCAAGGACUUGAUGAAUUCUGAGGUGAUUUGUUCUGUGAAGUCCAGAGUACUGCAGUAUGAAAAAGAACAGCACAAAGGUAUCCUUCAAGGCUGGAGAGAGUCUUCUACUGAAGAGGUGCCCAGAGACAUGGUGCCAACCAGAAUAUCUGAAUUUGAAAAAUUAAUUCAGAAAUCAAAAUCGAUGCCAAACCUAGGCGAUGAAAUGUUGUCAACUGUUACACUAGAGCCUCCUAAAAACGGCUUAUGUCCACAGAGGCGGUUUUCUAUCGAAUCUUUGCUGGAAGAAGAAAAUCAAGGCAGACAUCCCUCUCAGGUACAACGGAGCUACAAGUCUAAGACCCUGGUGCCAAUUCAUAUUGAAGUGACCAGCGAUGAGCCACAACGAUCACAUAUGGAUUUUUCAGACAGUGAUCAAGAUGGAGUGGUUUCUGAUCUCAGUGACUUUAUCCAGAUAGAGGGUUCAUCCUUUUGUAGUGAAAGCGACUUUGACCACUUCUCCUUCACAUCAUCUGAAAGCUUUUAUGGAUCAGGCCAUCACCACCAUCACCACCACCACCACCACAGGCACCUCAUCAGCUCCUGCAAAGGGCGAUGCCCAGCAUCUUAUACACGCUUCACCACCAUGCUAAAACAUGAAAGGGCUAAACAAGAAACCACUGAAGAUCCAAGGAGACAGGAAGCAGAAUCUGGCCUCUCUAAGAUAGCAUUCCUAGUCAGUCCAGUGCCUUUCCGGAGGAAAAAAAGUGCAGCUCCUAAAAAACACACUGAAAAGAAAAAAUGCAAGUCAUCUGUAUUUGAAGCACUAGAUUCUGCACUUAAAGACAUAUGUGACCAAAUUAAAGCUGAAAAAAGAAGGGGAAGCUUGCCUGACAACAGUAUAUUACAUAGACUUAUUACUGAGCUGCUUCCAGACAUUCCAGAACGGAAUUCAUCUCUUAAAGCUCUAAAAAAGAGUCACAUGCACCAGCCUUUUCAUCCACUGCCUCAAGAUGGUGCUAUCCAUUGCCCACUGUACCAGAAUGAUUGUGGAAGAUUACCUCUUAGUGCCUCUUUUCCAGACAUGGACGCAACUAACAACAAUGAUAGUGCACUGUGUUUCCAAGACCAGGAGUCUCCUGGAAGCUAUUCUUCUGCUUUCACUGAUGUGGGACGAUGUACUCCAAGAGAGAGAAGAGGAAAUACAGACAAAGAGAAACUGCCAGCUAGAGCUGUAUAUGACUUUAAAGCUCAGACUUCUAAAGAGCUGUCCUUUAAGAAAGGAGAUACUGUCUAUAUCCUCAGGAAAAUUGAUCAAAACUGGUAUGAGGGUGAGCACCAUGGAAGAGUUGGAAUAUUCCCUAUUUCUUACGUUGAGAAACUUUCUCCCCCAGAAAAAGCACAGCCUGCCAGGCCACCUCCCCCUGCACAGAUUGGAGAGAUUGGAGAAGCUGUUGCCAAAUAUAAUUUCAGUGCAGACACAAAUGUGGAGUUAUCACUUAGAAAGGGAGACAGAGUAAUUCUUCUUAAGCGAGUUGAUCAAAACUGGUAUGAAGGUAAAAUACCAGGAACCAACAGACAAGGCAUCUUCCCUGUUUCCUAUGUAGAAGUCAUGAAAAAGAAUGCAUCAAAAAGUCUUGAUGACUACCCUGAUCCUCCGAUACCCCAAAGCUAUUCUAGUGACAGAAUACAUCAGUUAGGUUCAACUAAGCCACAGCGCCCUGUGCUUGCUCAUGAAAACAUACACAGUGGGGGGGAACUGUUUCAGGCUCUAUAUAACUAUACUCCUAGGAACGAAGAUGAAUUGGAACUCAGAGAGGGAGAUGUCAUUGAUGUGAUGGAAAAAUGUGAUGAUGGAUGGUUUGUGGGAACCUCGAGAAGAACCAAAUUCUUUGGUACUUUCCCUGGAAACUAUGUCAAGAGGCUGUGAAUUAUUUUUUUUUCUACUUAUUUAUGCUGCAUCUCUGCAACACAUCUGCAUCAGCUGCUAGAAAACGUGCUAUGCUGGCCUUCAGUUUUCUUGCUUGCAGUCUCAAAUAGAAGCCAUCUAGUUCAUCUUCAUCCCAUCCCACCCUCCAAACCCUUCCAGCAGUAUUACAGCAACAACCAUGGUGUGAAUGACUUAAGCUUUUCUGAAACAAGAGGAAUCAUUUCAACCUUAAAUACUCCCUGCUUUAAAGUCUUUUAAUUUGAAACACAACAUAGAAAGCUUGAGGACAGGUACACAGAUGAACUGCCAUGGCGGUGGGGAGGGCUAGAAGCUGUUCUGGGUUUGAACACUCAUGAUCCUGUCAUGGAGCCUGAUGGGAUGUUUCACCAUGCACAGCAUACAGGGGAAGUUGCUGUUUACUAUUAUUGAAAAACAUUGUUUGAGUUUCCACGUUCUUACUAGCUUAGCGGCAUUUGUUGCUUUCACUUUGCCGUAUCACAGGUUUGCCUAUUGUACUGGUUUACAAUAUAUGAGAAAUAAUAUAGAUUUUUUUUGCCUGCACUUGUACGUUGUAACAUAUACACAGUGAUUGUAAAAUCUCAAGGAAGGGUAGUGACAAAUGGGAGAACUGCAAGUGUUCUGGAUGGAUGCAAUGGUAUCAGCUAAACCUUUUUUCCCCCCUAAUAAAGCUCUAGUGUUCUCUGUUAAAGGGUAAGAAGUGCAAGAGGCAUAAAACCUCAGGAAACCGAGUUUAGUGAAAAGACAGACAAUGAUAUAAGCAUAGACAAUAAUGACAUUGUUGAUUACAUUGUCUGACAUUUUGAUUACAACUAUUUAAUGCUGCAAUAGUAAGCAACAUGUAAUUUGAGAGGUUAGUGUUUUUAUGUAUCAGGAAUUUUAAGAAGCAGGAAGUAAACAGUGUUAGCACAAAGAGUUGUUGGUUUGGAGUUUUUUCCUAACAUAGCCACCUGAAAAAUAUUCACAAGUAUCAUGUACUGAUUUACUUCACUAUAUAUAUGUAUGUAUGUAUGUUAACAAAACCUGAGCUACACAUUCUUUUAGGAAUUUAGUACAAAAAAACCCAGAAGAGUCACAAGUAUUAAAACUGACACUUUUUAGAGGUGGGUUUUUCUUCCCCCCUCAGCCCCCGUGAAAGAAAUAUUUGAAAACAUACAUUUUCCAUAAGCAAAAGUAAACAUAAAUAGCAAAUGAAAUUAAGGCAUAGGAUGAUAAUGACUAUGACUCUAUAAACAUAAAAAUUCAGAUUUGGUUUCUUCAGCACCUUAUAGAUGGCAAAAGCUUCUACUGCAUUUCUCAUGGGUAAAGGACUGAAAUUAUCAAAAUGUAUGUAGUGUCUGUAGCAUUUUGUACAUAUGUUUGCUUUUUGUACAGAGCCAUUUGGUUGUCGAUUUUUAAAAAAAUUAAGUUCCUUAUUUGAUCUUUGCCCUCUUCACAAACAGAAGUUUUCAAUGCCUUUUUCUUUCCUUGCUCUAUUUACCAUAAGAACAUCUGGAUAGUGCAAUUCUGUAAGAUAGCAUUUUAUGCAAAAUUUUAUUAAUUAAAAUAUGGUUUACCAGCCAAAUCUAAAUGUACAUAUGUCUUUAUUACUGAGAAACGUCAUUAAGACAAAGGUAAAGAAACAUCUUUGUGCAGCAUACCUUUAUUAUUGCAGAUUUCAUGGCAAAAGCUUUAUAUUUCAAAGGCUUUCAAUUUUAAACUAGAUCUGCAUGCAGCUUUGCUGUGAGAUUAAUACCUAUCUUUAAUGCCAUUUAUGAUUGAAGACUUAAAUAUCUGUUGCCUGUGAUAUUUCAAAAGUACUGUUUCUACUCUGUAUCUGAUUUUAGAAAAAUCCAGGUCUUUCAUACCUGGCUUUCAGGUAACUGACUUUGAAUUCCUACAAGCAAAAGGUCUCUGUGUUUUUUUUUUUCUUGAAUAGACUUCUAAUAAAUUUUGCUUGGAGUACA